UUCAAAACCACGCUUCUCUAUCUGACUAUCUCUAUCUUAACGCAAGGGAAAAUUUGCUAGAGUGAGAAACUAAAGCAACGAAAAUGGCGUCACUUCCAAUGGACGACGGCGAUCUCGACGACGCCGCUUUAUGGGCCGUAAUCGACUCCGCAGCCGCCGCUUCGUAUUCAUCCACUACUACUCCUACCGCCAUUUCCAACAAACGGUCAUCAACCCUAAAUUACUCUCCUUCUUUCAAAUCCCCUCAUAGACCUCGAAGUCUCAAUCAUUCUUCUUCCGUUUCUCCUUCUUCAUUAAUCUCCAAAAAUCAUCCUAAUAUAGCAAUUGGGGUUUCGAAUGAUGAUCGUCAUCACCAGUUUCGUCGUCCGCAAAAGAUUUCUAGAUCAACCUCAUCUUCUUGUGUUUCUGAGACUAAUGAUAGUAGUCCUGAUUUGAUGCUUGUUAAACAUUCUCCUGUUAAUCAGAUUUAUCCAUCGCAUAAAGUUAAUAAUUCUCCUCAAGUCGAUGAUUUUACGCAUUGUUUGGCUGGACGUUAUCCAACUGUUUCUCUUUUUAAGGAUUAUCAAGAUGCAGCUAUGUCGAUUCUCGAUAAAUCAGAUUAUACUGUUAUUUCUGGAAGUCCUUUUAUCAAAAAGUCAGGUUGGAGGAAGAUAGCGUUUUACUUCAAUGUUUCUUUUGAAAUAAGGGAUAAAACCAUUGAAUUUGAUGAAAAUCGUAAUGUUCAGCGAGCUGAAUUUGUAGCCCGUGCAUACAUGCAGGGAGGUAGGUUCUCUGAUGGGUGGGGUUCCUGCGAAAGGCGGGAAAAGAAGUUGAUGAAACCUAAUCAUGACAUACCUAGCACCGCAGAAACCAGAGCUAAAAAUAGGGCGUGCCAAGACCUGCUAGGUAUUGGGCAUUAUCAACCUGGUGCGAGUCAUAGUCAUCUUCCUCGAUGACAAACUGUAACAGAAGCCAUUUCAACGCUCGAGUACUGAGAGUAUAGGAGGUUGUUUGUUGUUAGCAGUUUUUAUUAUCAAUUUGAAAAGGGAUUCAACAUUUUCACAACCUAUUCUGGGGGCCAUGAUUAAAUAUGAAGGCAAACCUUGACCACCUAGAAAUAGAACUGAAAUAUGCUAACUAUACAGUUUUACUGAUGGAAUGUAGUGUGGGUUAUGAAGCCUUGUUAACUUUGGUAAAUGUAAAAGUGGUUUGUUGUUUAUUAAUUCUAUUAUCCACUUAUUUUUUUGUGUA